AUGGAAGCUGUUUCUGGUUGCAAACUUCUUUUAAGUUUGAAGCUAAAAAUAUCAAGGUUGAUUGACGAGCAUUCCUUUAAUUGUGGUGUGUCCUUGAACAUGGAUGUCACUUCUCUCGGCAAUGUUUCGAAAGAGUUCCAAGAUAUGUUUGCCAAGCUGAUGCGACAUGUGUGUAGUAUUGAUGUGAGAACAAAUGACUUAGUCCUAGAUCUUAUGAAAGCUAUUGCUCAGACUGAUCCUACUCUUGAUGAUGCUGAUCCUUCAUCUGUUGAUGCAAGUCCACAGAAUGUUGCUGCUGUUAUUUCUGAUCCCGCCCCAGAAGAAGCUAAAAGUGAGCCUCUUAAUGUAUCUGAUGUCAAAGGUUGUGUUCCCAAAUUGUCUCAGAGUUUGCAUGUUCCUAACAAUCAUAAGGCUUCUGCCAAUGCUUCUGUUCCUACCGCAUUGAAAUAUGAAGGAUUGAAAGUUGUUGCACCUGCUUCUGAAGAUCGCAAUCAUGUUGAUUUGGAGGAGACUAUGCGGAAGCUGAAAAAGAGCUGUUAA